ACUUGACCCCCACCUCCCUUCCUUUUCCUUCCUCAUUCCUCUCUCCUCUUUAGCUUUUCCGCCUCCCCAGCAUCUUAGUUUUAUUUUAUUCCACCUAAAAAGUAGAUAAUUAAAUUGACCCUAACAUAUUCAGAGAGAGUGAGAAAGAUCCCAUCUACUCUACACAUUAUUUAUCUACCAUAUAUCAGUAGUUCAUGUUGUUAGGGUUGGAACCAUAUAAUUAACAAGCCUAGCUACCCAUUCUCUCCUAAUUCAAAUACUAAUAUAAUUCCUCCCACCUUACAACUCACCUUUAACACUUCUUCUGAGUUUCUUACAAACUGAAACCAAACUUAGAAACAUGCUUCUAAACAUGGAUGAUGGAGAAAUUUCAAAUGCUUUCCCUCAUCAAAACCCAGCCUCUUCAUCUAAUAAUAACAAUAUUCCUCCUGCUUUGAAGAGGAAGAGAAACCUCCCUGGAAACCCAGAUCCUGAAGCUGAAGUGAUAGCCUUAUCACCAAAGACUCUGAUGGCCACCAACAGAUUCGUGUGUGAGAUUUGUCUAAAGGGUUUCCAAAGGGAUCAGAAUCUCCAACUGCACCGACGCGGCCAUAACCUUCCAUGGAAGCUCAAGCAGAGGACAAGCAAAGAAGUGAGGAAGAGAGUUUACGUGUGCCCGGAGAAGACGUGCGUCCACCAUCACCCUUCAAGGGCUCUGGGGGACUUAACUGGGAUCAAGAAGCACUUCUGCAGGAAGCACGGGGAGAAGAAGUGGAAGUGCGAGAAGUGCUCAAAGCGUUAUGCUGUGCAGUCAGACUGGAAAGCACAUUCGAAGACCUGUGGGACUAGAGAAUACAAAUGUGACUGUGGGACUGUAUUUUCAAGGAGGGAUAGCUUCAUCACUCACAGGGCCUUCUGUGAUGCCUUAGCAGAGGAAACAGCCAAGGUAAACGCUACAUCAAACUUAAACAACUCAUUGGGAGGUAACAUGGGUUACACCUUCAUGCAACAAACUCCCCUUGGGCCUACCAUGGCAACCCAUUUUUCUUCAAUUUUCAAGCCAAUUUCAUGCACUGAAGAAGAAACAGAAACAGGUAACAACAAUCAUCAAACACCUAGAGGGCUAUCCCUUUGGAUGACUCAGCCUCAAACAUCUCACCCUCAUGAAACAAUGUCGGCCAGUACCCAUAUGCAUCAUGAGAUUCAUAAUCAUCAUCUUGGGACAACCACAAAUCAAGGACCAAUAUACAGUGUUGGAAAUGGAAAUCCACCACCACCACCCUCUAAUUAUCAGCUAAAUUGGGUGUUUGGGAAUAAGUUUUCUUCCAAUGGAAAUCAUCAAGAGCUAACUAGUACAACUUCACUUCCACUAGUGAAUAACAACAACAUUGUAAAUGAUGGUGCACACAACCUCAUCAGUGUUCCUUCCUUGUAUAGCUCCCAACAACAACACCAAUCCCAUCAAACAAGUGCAUCAGCUAACAUGUCUGCCACAGCUUUGUUGCAAAAAGCUGCUCAAAUUGGAACAACUUCCUCAACUGAUCCAUCAUUCCUUGGGAGCUUAGGAUUGAGAUCAUGCAACAGUCCAAGGCAAGAUCAUGGGAACAGCAACAAAUUCUGUGGAAUGUACUCUUCCAGUUCAGUGGUCACCACAAGUCAUGGCUGUGAGACAGAGAACUAUUCAGAUGAUUUGUCGCAAAUGCCCCCUGCGAAACGACGCCAUGUGCAAAGCGAAGAGAGUGCUUGGGGACAAACUAGGGAUUUUCUUGGUGUUGGAGUGGCGAACCAUUUGCCGCCAUUCAUCAAUCAACGGAUGGAUUUGAUUUGAUGAUUGUGUAUUCUAAUUUGAACUCUUGAUUUUUUUUUGGUUACAAGAGGAAAAUAUUUGAACUCUUGAUUAAUUUCUUCUUGUUAUUUAUUUUUCUAAAUAAAAAGGAAAAUAUCAACAUAAA